UAUCUUUAUGUGCGAGAAUUUGGUGCGACAGAUGAUGAAGAUGCUGACUUUUGUGACAUUGUUCGCCGCUGCGGUGGCAUCGGUAGCAGCGGAAGCGAAUCCCGUUAACAUCUUCAAAAUCGACAUCACCCCCGAGGAGGCGCAGCAGUACCUGAACAGCCCCCCAUUCACGGACCCUCAGCUGUCAGGGAGAACUGCUGUCUUACCACUGGUGAAAUACAACGACCCUAAGUUUCGAACUGCCGAAGCAGGUCCCACACUAGGCCACUACUGGAAGAAUGGACGGGAGAUUGAAAACACCGAUGACUACUUAGAAGAGGUUUACGACGCUUCCCAAUUUCACGGUCAAGACGGACUUGGAGCUUAUGCGUAUGGUUACAAAACACCUGAAUCAGCCAAAGUUGAAAACCGCGUCCACUCAGGCGACGUUACUGGUUCCUACAUAUACAAGGCUGGAAGCAGUAAUGACCUUAUUAAGGUCAAAUACUGGGCAGAUAGUCAAGGUUUCCAUCAAGAAGACAAUCUUCCCAAAUACCAACCACAGCCUGUGCAAGAUACCGAAGCAGUGAGGCUGGCCAAGAUAGCUCACGAGAAAGCAUGGAAGGAAGCAGCUGAUGCCAAUCUUCAUCCUUACCAAAAUUUGCAACAACAGCAACCACAGUAUCAAAAUUCACAGAAUAACCAAGCAUACCAAAGAUACCAGCAAGGAUUCCAAAGUCAACAGGGCAAUCAAGGAUUGGGAGUACUACAUGCAAACCAGGGUCAAAAUCAGCAAGGAUUCCAAGGUCAAAGUGGUCUAGGAUACCAAGGCCAACAAAGCAGUGCAUUCGGAAGUCAACAAGGUGCUCCAGGAUUUGGUCAGCAAGGAAUCGUUGAUCAAGCAGGUGAUCAAGGAUUUGGUAGCUCUCAAGGAUUCCAGAGUCAACAAGGAAUACAAAGUCAAGGCUUUGGAAAUCAAGGAUAUAACAGUCAACAAGGUAGCCAAGGUUUUGGUGGACAAGUUCAACAGCCAAAUCCCGGAUUUGGAGCUCAACAAUCAAGUCAGUACAAAUCUCAAAAUCAACAAUUCCAAGAUUAUCAAGCACAAGGCUCUGCUCCACAAAGCUACGUAGCAAAUGCUGAAGGGAACUCCGUAAACCGUGAACCAAAGUCAUACCAACAGAAUUAUGCUGGUCAGCAACAGUACCAAACUCAAAGUCAAGGACAGGUUGGACAGCAGGCAGUAGCGAGUGCGCAGUACAAAUCUGUACAAGAACAAUAUCAAAAGAAUGCAGACCAACAGUACGAGUCUGGUCAAUAUGAUGCUGCUAAAUACCAGGAUCCUGAGCCCACUGGUCCUCCACGAGGUUUCUUUUACAGUUACACCUACCCUGUAUCUAUCAUAACAGCCAAGAGUGAACUGCAAGGAGGUGGUGUCAAUCCUGGACAUCCUGUAGAUCACGAUACAGUAGGAGUGUCUGGACAGCAUCAACAGUAAAAAUUACGAAUUAAAACAAAAGCGUUAUGAUGUAUAAUUUGAAGUUGUUAAACAAUUUCAAUAUACAAUAAAAAGUGAUAAUCUUAGGUUAAAUGAUAAUUCGAGAAAUUCGGUGGCAUUCCCAAUUAUGAGCAUAAUACAUAUUAUAAUGUACAAUCGCAAGAAAUUUAUAAAAGUAUACUGAUUUAUUUGCACUGUAUAUUUGUGUU